AUGUUGCUCGAAGACCAACGAUUUAUCCAGGAGGAUUUGGAACGACUCGAGCAGGCCAUUGCAGAGCGCGUGGCAGAAGAGCCACGAAACAUCCGCGAUCGCCUUUCUCGCGACCAUGAGGUAGCUCAAUUCUUAGAAAGAAUUGAGGAGCAAUCAAAGCGACUCCUGGAAAUCUACAAGGAUGCCGAUGGGCUGCGGGAGAGAGAAGUGCAGUCAAUUUCGACUGGUGAGCAGUUUGAGGAGUUCUACAAGGGACUCGGUGAGAUCAAAGAGCACCACAAACGGUAUCCGAACGAGCCAGUCGAAAAUCUUGAACAAGCAUACAAGCGCCAUCACCCCGGUGAAGGAGAGCACCAUGUCAGCGAAAUCGAUAAGAUGUUCACCGGCGAAGAAGGAUUUGGACAAUACCUGGACCUCACAGCUAUGCAUGAACAAUACCUGAACCUUCCUGGGGUGAAGCGUUUGUCCUAUGUCCAAUUCCUCGAUGUUUUCGACUCUUUCACACCCCCAGCCAUGUCUAUCAAGCGAAAGGACAAGGUUUCCGAUCGUUACUUCAGCUACGUUGGAGACCUCUCAAGUUAUCUGGAAAGCUUUGUCAAGAAGGUACGACCUUUGGAGGACACAGACAAACUGUUUGCCAAGUGCAACGAUGAAUUUGAGGAGCAGUGGGCAGCUCAGAAGAUUCCUGGUUGGACGGAAGAAAAUGUCCAGAAAGGAACAUCUGGCCCAACAACCGAGGGAACUGGUGAGGGCAUCUGGUGUCCCGAUUGCGAGAAGGAAUUCAAAAACGAUAACGUUUAUCGCAACCACUUGACGGGCAAGCGACACAUCCGCGCGGCCGAGGUUCGAAAGGCGUCCGGCGCAUCUGGCGAAAAGUCAUCCACGUCCGUUGCCACGUCGGCCCACCGUCUGAAGGAGCGUGAGGUUGCACGCCGAGAGCAUGUAGUUCGAAGCUUGACAGCCGUCCUCAAGGGAGAGCGCCAGGCAUCAAGGAUCAACGUCGAGCGCCGACAAGGUAUGACCGAGCGUGAACGUCAACAGGAGCUUGAUGCUCUAAUGGCUGGAGCGGAGACCCUUGGCCCGGAGGGCCCAGUCGGCGAGGAGUCAGAGGAUGAGGGUGAGGAGCGAGUUUACAACCCACUUAAACUGCCCCUCGCAUGGGAUGGAAAGCCCAUUCCCUACUGGCUUUACAAGCUCCAUGGACUUGGCGUUGAAUACAACUGUGAAAUUUGUGGUAACUACACCUACAUGGGUCGGCGAGCAUUCGACAAACAUUUCUCCGAAUCACUCCACAUCUACGGCUUGAAAUGUCUUGGGAUCACAUCAAACACAAGCCUCUUCCGUGAAAUCACAAAUAUCAACCAAGCCAUGGCGCUUUGGGAGCAAAUCGAGAAGGAUCGGAAGAAAGACAAAGAUACUCGUGAGAACGUCGUUCAGAUGGAGGACGCAGAGGGUAAUGUCAUGCCCGAAAGGAUCUACUUGGAUCUGCAAAAGCAAGGUAUCCUCUGA